AUGGAUCCAUUGGACUGGUCAAUUGCCAACCUGGGGAAAAAAUUAAAAAAUCAAUUAGCUGGAUUGGCUUUACAACCUAAACUUGUUAUAGAUGAGCCUUGUAGAUGUAUUCGUGAGGCUGAGUUUGGGGUUUGGAACAAAAAAAGUUUCUUGACGGCCUUUGCUAAUAAAGCAGAUAAUUAUCAGUAUAUAAUUGAAAUUGAAUUGGUAGAAAAGAAAGAAAAAAGAAAAUCAUUAAAUGAUGAACUCGGGAAAUUUUCCAAGAAUGUUUCAACAUAUGUAGAUGUAAUUGUUCUUGAUACUUCCAGAAAUAUUGGAUUCUCUGGUGUUCCAUUUAAAACCAAAGUGUUAUUACAAUCAACAACUGUCUCGUUCAUUGGUGGAUUUGCCUUUUUGACAAUGGCUGAUGUAGAAAUGAGUGAGGAGGAGAAGGUUGAAGUGAGUAGCAGUGACUAUGUAGAAGAAGAAUCUGUUAGUGGGAAAAAGAAAGUAAUGAAUCUGUAUUAG